GCGCGGCGCUCCGCCGCCGACGAGGAGGCGGCACCGGCGGCCAAGGCGCGCCGCCUGGGCUCGGCCGUGCCCGGCGGCCCGCCCCCCGUCAAGGCGGCCCCGCCGGUGGCACCCAGGCAGCCAGUGCGCGCCAUCUCCAUGAAGCUGUCUGCGAGCAAGACUCCGGCCGCCGGCCUGGCUCCGCCCGUCGCCCUGAAGCCCAAGUCGUCGCUCGCGGCGGCCGCGUUCGGCGACGACGACGACGAAGAGGAAGAGGAGAUGCCGCCUGAGGCCCGCAUGCGGAUGAAGAAUAUCGGCAGAGAGACGCCGACGUCUGCUGGGCCCAACUCGUUCGGCAAGACCAAAAUCGGCUUCUGCGACAGCAAGAAGAAGCGAGACAAAGACCUCGAGGACUCGAAAAAGGAGGCCGAGUAGGUGACUGCAGACUUUUCAUACGCCGGCGAUAUGGCGCCACGCACCGCUGUGCCACGUGGCACACCGUGUCUGUCCCGUGUGACGUCGGGCCCAGCUGGCACUGGCUGUUGGGGCCUGCGGCGGACAAACGCGCAGUCCACUCGGCUGCACUCUUGGACUCGUGAGCGGGCAGAACGCAACGAUGUCCUGCCAUCUGUUGACCGGGAGGCGAACUCGUAUCUUGCCGACGACCGCGGCUGCUGUAUGCGUCGUUGGGGGCGCGGGAGUCGGACACCGCUCAGGACACGCUGCCGGCGCCCCGGGUGGUUUGUCGUGUCCGAAGCACCUCCGGUGUCUUGGUGCUCUAGAUGGGCCUGAGUGUCUCGGAGAUAUUUGAAGCUCGUGGACGGGAGCUGCUCACUUCGGUGAUUGGACGCGCACGGCGUGGCUGGGCCUGGUGGUGCGCGGCAGGUGAUGACGGGAUGGCACGUGACGCGUUAUCUCGCUGUAGGAUGGAGUGUGCUGAAUUGCGUGGCUUCAGGCUGUCUUCGUGUGGUUUCGUUGUCUGCGAUACAGUCCCUCAUCUGUUUGCGCAGUUUGCUACGGAGUUUGCUUUCGGCGUGCGCAAAAUUUCCGCCCUGUUUGAAUUUGAUGACGUACUUCUCCGUUCACUGCAUGGCCGCUGCCACGCGCGGAAACAGCAAACCUGGCCUUACAGUUUCCUCCAGCAAUACACUGAAAACAAUGA